GCGCUGGGUAGGUAGCUGGGGGGACCGGAAGGAUGGCGAGGAAGUCGGAGAGGGUUUCCUGAGAUGAGAGAUUACUUCCGUCCGGGCUCUGGCCUCUCUCAGGAGCCGUUCGCCGUGGCUCGGGGAGCAGGGUGCUCGGGAGUCGCGACCGCGCCUUGCCACCUGCAGCGCCCGGGGCGGCCCGCGGGGCCCGAGGCGGGACGCGAGCGGCCCUGUCGCAGGGGCUAACACGGGGCGAUCCUUGCAGGUGGCGCAUUUCUGAGCGCCCAAGCCAUGGUGGCCAAACAGCGGAUCCGGAUGGCUAACGAGAAGCACAGCAAAAACAUCACCCAGAGAGGGAACGUAGCCAAAACUCUGAGGCCACAAGAAGAGAAAUAUCCUGUAGGACCAUGGCUGUUGGCACUGUUUGUUUUUGUUGUCUGUGGCUCAGCUAUCUUCCAGAUCAUUCAGAGCAUAAGGAUGGGCAUGUGAGAAGUUCAGGGCUUUGAUUCAGCCGGUACCUGCAGGAAGCAAAAAGGAAUAGGAAAAAGCCUCCCUCUGUUGUUCCCUGGUCACUUCAUCUUGGAUGUCAGACCAAAUUGCCUUCUCACGGGACUUCUUGGUGCAUCCAUGUCCUCAAGCGGAAAAGGACAUUUUGCUUUUCUGUCGGUGGGAUUGGUCGUCCACAGCAGUGCCGUAGUUUUGGUUUUCCUUUGGUUCCCUCAUGCAUGCAUGUGGCCCUCUGAGUGAUUGCUGGUUCACCUUCUACGGAUGCGGUCUCUCCUCCACUGGGAAUUGAUUUUACAAAUAAAUGUCUUUGUGCAACCUUAUGCAUUUGUGGGUUACA